CCUUCUCCUCAAAAUCCCCACAAUGAGACGAUUGAACGAGGGGUUGAUUAGCAUGUUGAUACAAUUGGUUGUUCCCAUAAAAGGCAUUGUGACGUUUCCCAAAACGGUGGAGCUGUCCUUCUCCAGGUACUGAACUAUUGACUCGUGGUUCAGGGAACUCGAUUUCCAUGGCACUCAGCUUUCCCAAAGUCGUGAUUCUCGUGUUCAUUGGAUGAUAUUAUUCUUGACAUGGUUCAUAUCAAUCUUCGUUGGCUCGUCUUGGGUUGCGUGGCGACGGGCGCGGUGCGAACCUUGCGCCGUCACAAACAUAUAGUGUCUACCGAUUCCACAAUCGACUGCAGGUCCAGAGGUCAAAGUGUCUUCAUGUGAGAAAUACUGCAGCAGCCCUCUUUUUCGUCGUCAUGGAUGACUUAGGUGGGUAUGGACCAAUUAUCAUCGUUACGCUAUGGACCGAGGCCGCAAUUGCUCUGGUUUUCGUCUCCAUGAGGUUGUAUACGCGGUGUCAAAUCAAUCGAGUCGUGGGAUGGGAUGAUUUCCUGAUUUCAUUCAGUUGUUUGAUGUUAAUACCCUAUGCGACGGCAGUGACUGUAGCAUGCCUCAAAGGCCUCGGUCGACACUCGGACGAACUUACCUUGGACCACAUCAUAUACGGAGUUCGAGCAGAGGUCAUUGGGCAAACCUUCGGAAUCGUCGGGAUAGCCACCAGCAAAGCAUCAGUAGCGGCUUUCCUCCUCAGAAUCACCAUCAUCACUUGGCACAAGUGGGUGCUUUAUAUUACACUACUCAGUGUCAGCGUCAUUUGCUUUCUAUGUGCUCUGUUUGACUACAUACGUUGCGAUCCAGUUGAUAGUAUCUGGAACCCAACUAUUGUCGCCAGAUGCUGGAUGUCUGCGGAUGGCUUUACCACGCUAUCACUUGUUGCUGGAGUCAUUUCAGCUGCGGCCGACUUCGUCCUUGCAAUUCUACCGUGGUUUAUCCUUUGGAACUUGCAGAUGAAGAGGAGGGAGAAGAACUUGAUUGCAUCAUCUAUGAGCCUAGGGCUUUUUGCUGGGGCCUGCGGUGUCAUCCGAACUCUCAACGUAAAGAGAGUGUCAGAAGGAACUGACUACUCUUAUGAAACAGUUGGCCUCAUACUUUGGAACUCUACUGAGUUAACAGUAACAAUCCUAUGCGCUACAAUCCCCACUCUCCGCCCUCUAAUCGCGCAACUCCUCCGCCUCUGCUCGCGAUCCUCUACCCGUCGCCAAAGCUACCGCCUCAGCUCCACUCCACCCAAAAGUGAAGCGUUCCAAUCAACCACUAAAUCCUCCGUCGUUGCUGAGCAAAGAGAUGUGGAAAGACAACGAGAACCAGACGUGAGAAGCGAUAAGAGUAUCUUAGGCCACAGAGGCGAGAACUCGGAAAGCAGCAUCGUGUGCACGGAUGUGGUUUAUGUUGAGUUCGAGGAGAGAGCGGAGCCGUAUACCCCGAGUAGUAGUAAUUGGUCGAAGAGAGGCUGUCAGAAUUGGGAGAUGAUAUAAUAUUUUGUUUUAGUAAGAAUACUAGAAUAUUGGUUUCAGGACCGGGUUCAUUUGUAUAUAUCUAGGGUGGUUUCAAACAAUGGCACUGCUGGAGCUGGUUUUCGGCGUCAUCAAGGUGGUUUCCAUGCGUCAAGGACAGGAUUAGAUUUGAAGAGUUGGGUUCUCAUUCCCUUCCACUGAUUGAGGUUUUCAUCUGAGCAUGGUCGUCGAGCUUCGCCCAUGCUCGACUCCUCUUACAGUCCUCGCUCUCCUUUGGCAAUCUCAGACGAUAAUUUUUCGAGUUUGCUUCGAAUGCAAACUUUUCUUGGCCUUUAACACAAUCAGAGUGCGAGGAUUGCCAGGGUAAUUCUGUAU